AUGGCAAUUCUGCCACUGGGGGGCCACCCGGGGCGGAAGCCUGGUUCUGCAUGCGGGCAGGCGCACUUUUUUCCCCACCGCCGGUCCGCUCGUCACCAAAUGUGCACGCGCCAGGCCUAUUCUGCGGCGCGGCUCCAUUGUUCUCCCUUGGGUGUGCAUGUCCGCCUUGUUCAGCACGAAGGAUCUUGCUGGCGGACGUUUACGAUCGCCGUAAACGUGGCCUGCAGGACACCGGGCUCAAAGCGAGAUUGGCUACGUAAUCACUCGUACUUGUGGAAUCAUCUCCCCGUUACCGUUUACGCUUCCUUUGCUUCUUUGCUUCCAUGUAUAUGCCUGUCAUGGUGUAGGUACAUUCUUCUCGGAGGCGUUCUUGCGCGAUGUUUGGUGCAGCCGCACGCUCUCUCGCAGAGGCUCCAUCGGUUAUUCCGACCUCAUACUUUAUUAUUUUUUUUUAUUUUUAAUAUUUUUAAUGGCUUGCUAUUUUUUUUUUUUUUCACCUUGGCCAGUGUCUCACAUUUUCCAGUGCACUAG